UAGUGGUGGUGGCGGCGGCGGUGGUGGUCAUGGUUUCCGACAUGUCGUAAUUCGAAUAAAAAUAUUCAUAUUAAAGAAAUAGAUGUCAAGUAAAAGAGAAGAGCCAUAAAACUAGAAGUUUGAAACGGAGGACAUUGCUAAUUAAGGAAAUUCUGCGACUUUAUAGGUAGAUUACGUAUGCCGUGAAAAGAAAGCUUCCAGUUUCCGCUCCAACCGUGGCGUCUGUCGCGACGCAGCCUCUCCUUCCACAAUGGUGUAACUCCGCAACGGUUUGUUUUUUUUCAACCGAAAAAAUCUUUUUUUUUUUUUUCUAGUCGUCAUAAUUAAUAAAGAGUUGCAUGAACAGUCGAGUGUGCCAUCCUCCAGGUCACCAACCACCACCACCAACACACAGCCGGUCCCCCUGAGCUCUGAGCAGCAGAACCGCAUGAUACCCGGGGUGUCGCGUCAGUCAACCCAGGAUGGAGCCACCCACAUGCAAAACGGCAGGAUUAGCGAGCAAGGGGUCCACUGCUGCCAACGUACGGGAUUACCUCUCCAAACAUAAGCUCCCUGUUAUCACAAGACCCAAGGUGACUAAUAACUCCAAGACUGCACUAAGCGGUAGCAGUACAGUAACAAACACUCAAUUAUCAGAUUCCGUGUGUCCAGGAAAAUCCCGUUCCAAAUGUAAAUAUCGACAAACAUCUAUCGAAACUUUUCCAGACGAAAUUCUAUUUAAAAUCUUCAAAUAUUUACCAAUCCUUGACCUGUUGACGUGCUCACUUGUUAAUAAACAUUGGUGUAUAAUUGCCACUGAUAACUUGCUUUGGCAAGAUAUUUACCAUAAAUAUGUUGGACUGUUGGAUAAAAAGGAAACUCAAUCAUGCCAAGAACAAGGUUACUGGAAAAAACUAUGCAUUAGCAAAACUGUAGAUCUUCGAAAUCACAAAGUCCUCUCUCUCCUAAGGAAAGUUCAUUUAUAUACAGGCUUGGUCAAAAAUACAGAAGCUGCCAUUAGAAAAGCAGGAAUUACUUGGAGACUUUGUCUUGGUAGUGCUGAGUCAAAUUCUGGUAAAUGGAAGCACUGUGUUAAAAGUCAAUACUGCCAUGAAUUACAUUGUCAAGAUAUGUUCUUCCACUCCAUGUCUGUGGUAGUCUGCUUCUCUGGUUACAACGCACCACCUCUCAACUCCAUUAAUACAGUCCACGUGUUCUCCAUUAACCCAAUUUUCUUUCACAAAGAUGGCCGACCUGUGUUAGAUGGACCUCAUCAGAAAUCUCUGUUGUUGGAAAUAUCCCAUAAUUUUGAUUGGUCAAAACAGCUUUCUGUAGAUAAUAUCAUUGGAAGUGACAACAUAGUAACCCUACAUCACAUCCCUCUCCAGGGUCUUCUAUUUGCCACGUGGAAAGAGGGUGGAGAGUUGUCUUUCAUUGUUGCUUGCUUCCACUUCCAUAAACUUGUUCAAAGAUGUCUUCUUGGCACCAGUUCACGACCAUACAUUCCAUCAUUUCCCAAUGUGCUCGAAGAUGACAUUGAUCCAACAUUCGGUCUCCAUCACUAUCAGCUGACAUUAGAACUCUCUGGCAUGCAGACUUCAUAUUACCUACAACAUUUCAACGGAUUACAGUGUCAGCUUGGCAACAUAAGUGAAGGUCAUGCCCAUUUCAUCGUUAUCAAACCAGAAAACAGUUAUGACUACACACCAUUAUCAUCAAAGCUUAAUUUAAGUUGGAAAACAGACUCUCUGAAAGGGGUUGUGCAGGACGUGUGUUUGUUGCAUAUAACGGUUUUAGAGGAAAGAGAAGAAAUAUUUUGGAGUGUUAGCACUCCUGUCAGAUAUCAAGAAAAGAAAACCAAUGAUGCCCCAAGUUUUGAUUUGGACACUGGAUGCACACGGUAUAUUUCUUAUAAAGACGAUCGCGGUCAACUCUACAUGGAAAUGAACAAAUGCGAAGAUGGCAGAGUCUAUGUGACAAAUCUACAACUGUCGCUCUCUUUAGAUGCCGUCAACCAAUGGUUUGGCACCAGUUACACCUGACACCAAUCCCACAACAUUUUGCUUCUUUUGCUGCUGGACUGGAUUCUAAUCAAAACACUUUGACUUCACUCACACACACAUACACGUAUUUUUGGUGAGGAAUGGUGCUGAAACGGAAUCCUCUUUGGCAGUGUCUUGGUAUUCCCCCCCACCCCACCAUUAUCUUUCAUUAUUUUAAUUUUUUUUUUUUUAUAUUUUCUUAAUAAUUUGUGCUGAGUCUGUUAACGAGUUUAUCUUUCCUGUUUUUUCUUACUCGGUCAACAAAUAAAAAUCUUUAAAUUUUACAAAUUUUUAAUAAAAAAUAAAUUUUGAAAAAAUAUAUAAAAAUAUAUAUAAGAACAAAAACUAAAAAAAAAAUACAAAAAAAAUAAGUAAUGUCCAAAUGUUAAAAAUUAUUGAAAAAAUAUUUCUUUUGUAAACCACAAAAUUAAUUGAAUUUUAAUCCAUUGUUGGCUUCCUGUUUCUAAUUUGGUGGUUACAUUGGAAAUGGACAGAUAUUCUUGGAGGUUUGUUUGACAUUUUGUUGUUGUUUUUCUUGUUAUAUAUUAUUAUUUUUAUUAUUAUCAUUGUUACUAUCAUUAUUAUUUCCUUCUUAUCAUCAAAUGCUCACCCACUAAAAGAAAAAAAGUCAAUGUUUCCAGAUGUUCGUUUAUUUAAAAAAAAAAAAAAAAACGAACCCUUUAGUUGGUGGACAUUUGAUGAACAAAUGUCUAAAUCUUUGUCGACCAAAUGUUAACCCAUUAAAAUGUUAAUUUCUGUCAACCAAAUGUUCACCCAUUAAAAAACAUUAAUCUCCAUCAAU